AGCCUAACACUCUCUCAAACCCUCCACUUUCUUCUUCAAAUCCUUUAUCUUCUCAAUAAGUCACCCAAUCGUCCAUCAAAAUAAUAAUAAUAACAAUUAAAAUUAAAAUUAAAAUUAAAAACUAAAAAUAUAAUAAUAAUAGUAAUAAUAAAUCCAACUUGGUACGUCUUCUUUGCCUCAGAACAAAUGUCGGAACAACAGAGGCUCUGAUUCUCCCUUCCUAUAUAUUAACUCCUAUAUUUUCUCUCUAUCUCUCCUCCUUUUCUUAUUCUUUCUUUCUGGUAGCUUUUCAUCUUUCUCUCAUAGGCCUAAAAACAUAGAAACAGACACAGACAGAGAGAGAGAAAGAGAGAGAGUUUUUGGAAGAAAAAAAGGAAUUAAUGGGAGGUUGUGCGACCAAACCAAAGGUCUUAAAGUCUGAUGAUACUAGGGAAGCACCAGCGCCGGUUACGGAGCCGGCUAAGGAUGAAACUGCAGUAGCCGAAGCCGGAGCCGACACUGGGGUUGUCGUUGUUCCUGAUGAUCUGAAGGAGAACAAGGAAGUGGUGGUUUCUGAUCAAACUGAGAAGAAGAAGGAUGAAGGUGAUGAUGAUCAUGUUAUCCAUGGUGCUGAUGAUGAUAGAAUCAAAGAGAUUGCUGAUGAUGAACAAGAAACUAAACAUAGGUCUCUCAGUAACUUGUUCAAGGAGAAUGAAGAAGCAAAAGAUUCAACACAAGAUGAGAAAACGCCUGUGAUUAAGCCAGAACCAAUAGUCGAAGCCGAAGCCGAAAGUAAAGUCAUAGAAACGCAUGCCAGCAAGCCAGAACCAUCACAAUCAGAGCCUGAAAUCCCAACAGGUGAAUCAGAGAGUAAAGCACCAGAACCGCAUGUGGAACCAGAAUUGCCAGCACCAUUAGAGUCAGAAAACCCAACAACAGAAUCCGAAAUUAGUAAAGUCCAGGAAAUUCAAGUUUCGGAGACUGCGGUUGAAGAGACUGCUGCCAUAGAAGCUAACAAUGCUCCUGAAGAGAAGACUAAGACAGAGGAAGUAACUGAAGGUGCAACAGCUGCAGAGACACAUGGAAAGGAAGCAACAUUGGAAAAGAGUAGUGGAGAAAAAGAAGUGGAGAAAAGUGGUGAAGAAAAUAGCAAAGAAGUAGUAGUACCAGAAGAAAAAACUUUGGAUGCAAAAGGAAAUGUUGAAGAGAUUGCCAAAGUGUGAUUGACAAGGAUUUUGAUAUGUUUGCUGGUUUUCUUUUUUUUUUUUCUUUUUUCUUUUUUUUUUUUUUAAUCUAUCUUUUUUGAGAGGGAAGGUUUCCCAAUGAGAAGGUUAUAGUUUUACAGAAACUAGACAGGGAAUGUUCAUUGGUUGUUUUCUUGGCAACUUUUUGGGAGUAUUUGGAUUUUAUUACUUUGUUAAAAUUUGGGUUUUAUUACUUUGUUAAAUAUCUUCUUUUUUUGUUCU